CCGGAACAGCCGGCAAAGUGCAUCUGCAGUUACCUCCCUUGCUAAAUAUGGGAACGUCAGCCAUGUAAACAAUGGCGGACAGUGGUGAUUUUGAGGAACCAAAUGCAGGAUCGACUCACCAUGAGCUGCUGAUUGGACUGAAGUCAACAAUCGAGGGCCUGCUGGCAACCCACACCACCAAUGUCUGGAACACGUAUGGGGGUCUGAACCGCGUCUGUAGCCACGUCAACCAGAUACUCAGACACCGAAUCCGACCAGCGCAGAGCCACUUUCCCAGUGACUCCGACUUCUGGGACUUUGUGCAAGGACUGAAAUGGCUGAGUCCAGUCCUGGCACCGAGCAUCGAGCGGCUCAACAAGCUGUCUCAGACCUGCGAGGACUCGGGGAAGGGGAUCACGUGGCUGCGAGACAGUCUCCAUGAUCACAUGUUGUCUGCACAGCUGGAGGUGCUUGUCAAGAACACCAAUCAUCUGCACAACUUCUACUAUGCCGAUGCCUUCCUGUGUUCCCCUGCCUACUUCCAGGCCACCAUCAUCUGCCUCAAGGCUGUGGAGCUCAAUAAGGUGGCACUCCUUGCUGAAAUAGAGCCCAGUCUGUUGAGUGCAAGACAUCGCACAAGAUCUCACGCGCGUAGUGCCUCCUUGCCCAUCAACCAGGCUGCUCUCACUGACGAGAUGAAGAACAGAGAUAGGAACAGCAUGCUGGGGCCGGCCUCGCCCUCACCCUUCGCAUCCCCUGGGAAGGAGAGUGUUCUGAGCACCUCUGAUGAGCACGCUGUGGCCAUACACAUAGGUUCAAGCCCUGAUGAUACAAGAACAACAGCAAAAGAGGCUUUACGUUCUGUGCUGAGGAAAUCAGGCGCAGAGUCACCUCCCUUGUCGUCAACGCCACCUACCCCCGGAUUCAGCUUCUAUGACAGAAUACACAGCGAUCCUCUGUUGAACGUUGACUUCCCAAUGAACAGGGGAUCUCUUAUGUCGCCUGUAUUCUUUGACAGUGGAACAUUGCCCAUGUACGACACCAUGGACGGCAUUGGGAAGACCAAUGCUCGACGGUGCAAGUCACAUGGCGAUGACAUCGUGAAAGGGCCAGUUGUCAAUGGCAACAGCCAAACUCUCAGUGAUAUUUACAUUCCAAGUCGGAAAGGUGGACACACAAAAGGUGGAAGAAAUGCUUCCAAUAACUACGAUGGAGACAAGAGGACGAAAAAAGAUUCAUCCAAACUAGGUCACAAAAGGUCAAGGUCAGAUAUGAGUGGCAUCAAACAUGGAACUAAUAAUCAUCCAAUGGUGUUUACUAAUGCUAUUGCUAAUGACAACAGUGGCAGCCAGUCCGAUUCUACGUUAGUUGAUCCGUCUUCGCUGUCAUCUACGCUACCUCAGCAAGAGAAAACACAGUAUACCGGUUAUGAGCUUUUCCCUCAUGUAUUGAGGAGGUUGAAGACAUCAGCGUCAGGUGGUAGGUUUGAUGGCCGCCUCCAUCCUCCGGCUCAGGGUCAGUCUCUCAUGAGUUACCUCUCCUCUCAGGACUUCCACACUUGUGCUAACCUGGACAAAGAAAAUGCCCAUUUCAGUAUCUCUGAGGCCUUGAUAGCUGCCAUAGAGCAGAUGAAGUGGAACCAUGUGAUAUCCCCCGCCAGGAAGGAUUCCGACAUCGAGGAAGAGUCGGAUGAGGAGAUCCAGGAGCUGAAACAGAGGAUCCGGAUCCGGCGACGGGAGCGGCAGAAGGAGAAAGCCCGUGGGUUUCCUGCUUUCAGCGAUGGGCGAACAGACACCACGGCAACGUCCUCACCUGUCAGCUCUCCACACGACUCGUCAACCUACUCAGACAGUUAUGAUUCAAGUGACGAUGUAGAUGACGAGGAAAUUGAACUGACGUUGUCAGGAUCGGCAGCAGAUCAGCAGAGCAACUUGUCAAUGCUAAAGUCCAGUGGUCUAUCUCUCUCAAUGGCAUCUCUAUACUCUGAUGCUGACCUACGUAAGAGCAGCCAGCCUCUAGAAAAACAGAAUUCAAUCCAGGACGGCGGUGGGGCCAACAUGUCAGCCGAGUCUGUGGCCAUCUCUUUACUAAAGAAGUUCUCGGAGAAGCAGCUUCCCAAGGCUUCGGACCUGGAGUGGCUGGUCUCGGAACAAGAUGCUCCUCAGGCCUUGCUGCCCCUGCCCAACUCCUACCCGGUGUCGCCUGACGAUGGAGAAAAUGCUGACCUGCUCAAGAACAGAAAGACACGAAUACGAGGGAACCUUGAGUGGGCUCCUCCACGGCCACAGAUCAUCUUCAACAUACAUCCCCCUCCCAAACGUAGUGUUAUAUUAGCCAAACAGAACUACCGGUGUGCUGGGUGUGGGAUGAAAGUCGAGCCAGCAUAUGUGAAACGAUUCCGGUACUGUGAGUACCUCGGCAAAUACUUCUGUCAGUGCUGCCAUUCCAACUCAGUGGACCUAGUGCCAGGGAGGGUGCUCCGCAAGUGGGACUUUACAAGAUACUGUGUGUCAAACUUUGCCCAUGAUUUACUGGCGAAGAUCUUCCAGGACCCUCUGUUUAAUAUCCUUGACAUCAAUGCGUUGUUAUUCCGGCGAGUUCGGAACCUGGAGACAAUACGUGACUGUCGGAAACAGCUCUUCCAUCUUAAAUCUUUCCUCAGAGUCUGCAAGCAGGGAAGCAGAUUGCUAGAUGAUAUAGAAAAAUUACCUCGGCACUGGUUGGAUGAAACAACAGUGUUCUCCAUGGAAGAUCUAACACGAGUGAAGAGUGGGGACAUGGUGAACCAACUGAAGAACUGUGUCCACAACGCUCUGUCCCACAUCCAAGACUGCCCGUUCUGUCAGGGUCUGGGCUUCAUCUGUGAGUUGUGCAGCUCCCAUGACGUCAUCUUCCCCUUCCAGCUAGACAAGGUGUACCAGUGUCCAGAUUGCCAUGCGUGCUAUCACAGGACCUGCUACAUACCAGGCAAAUGUCCAAAGUGCUCCAGGAUAGAACUGAGGAAACAGCGUCUGGCCGAACAGUCAGUCUCCCAAGACAACUACUUCUCCGAUGACAGCGGUAACGACAGUACAGAGCCCUCUGGUGUCAAAUCCUGAUACCACCAUUCAGUGUUCCUGAUUGUCUGUGAUAUAUUUAUACAAUAUGCAAGAAUCAAGUCACAAGAAAUAUGCCUUGCUACCGAACAGUAGAAAGUAGAUGGACUGUCUUUUACAAGAAUAAAAAUAUAUCAGUUUGUAUGCAGAAAAAAAUUGACAGGAAAUAAAUAUUAUUGAUUUAC